AUGGUUAGACUUGAAGUGGAAGAUGAUGGAGAGUAUACUAAACACGAUGAUUUUAUGGGAUCUACUGGAAACUUUGCCAGCACAACAUCCUCUAGCAAGAGGACCACCACUUUGCCUUUUGUUGAAACAAGUCUAAGUAUCAGUGAGUUUCCAGCCCUCCACAGAGUGUCUGCCCAAUUAGACACAGCUGCAGGUUUGGAGCGGAAAUCCUCCUCCUCCUCUUCACAUUCUGAUCACUCCUCUGAAACCCCAUUGCCUGAAAUCCAAAUGGAUAAAUACCCUGAGGACUUCAGCAUGCUCAAGUUGCAGACAAAAGAUGGGCAGCAUCCUGAGUGGACAUUUUACCCAAGGUUUAGCAGUAAUAUUCACACCUACCAUGUUGGAAAGCAGUGCUUCUUUAAUGGGGUCUUCCUUGGCAACAGGAGGUCUCUAUCAGAGAGGACGGUGGAUAGAUGCCUCGGGAGGAAGAAAUACGAUAUUGAUCCUAGGAAUGGAAUUCCAAAGUUAACUCCAGGGGAUAAUCCAUAUAUGUACCCAGAACAGAGUAAAGAUUUCCACAAAAUGGGAUCAACUCUUCCAUCAGUGAUGUUUUCAGUAGUGCCUUAUGAAAAGAAAUUUGAUACAUUUAUUCCACUUGAGCCUCUUCCACCAAUUCCCAAUUUACCUUUCUGGGUGAAAGAGAAGGCUAACAAGCUGAAGAAUGAGAUAAGAGAAGUUGAGGAGCUUGACAAUUGGCAACCAGCGGUGUCCUUAACACGAAGCUUACUCCCUCCUGGUGGGUUACACAGCAUUAAAAAAAUAGUUCUUUGGACUUUGAAAGGCAAUCCUAAGCAGAGACAGACCACAAAGCAAGCACCGAUGAGCCUCAUCCAGUUGAUUGCCUUUGUCAGUGUUGCUGUCCUCAAUCAAAUGUUUGAUUUCCAGAAGGAAUGA